AUGGGGGGGCAGCUCGUGAUGGCGUCAGCCCCUCUCCCCACCCCCACGCCCCUCGUCUACACUGAAGGCAGCAGGAGCACCGGGCUCAGAACGCAGCAGUUGCCACGUCUCAGCAGAGCGGGAACCACGUGGGUUGAAUGGGACUCCCGAAGCCCCGCGCGCCGCAGAGUAAAGCUGGCCCCGGCCAGCGUGCUGCUGCUUCUGGGCUCCCAGAUGGGACCCUCGCCCCACGGGAGCCCAACUCAUGCAGGGACGCAAUCACGGCCCCCUGGGAUCCUGGGCUCAGAGAUCUGA